GGGCUGGACCCUCCAGACUCUGUAGGCUGCGCAAUGCGGAAGAGAUGGCCCCUCCGGAGCGGAAGUGACGGUUCCGGCGGCGGCGGCGCCAGUGCCAGGGACACGGGCAACCCGGGCAGCUGGGCUGUGGGAGCCGGGGCGAGCCCACGGCAGGCGGGCUGACUGGGGCGCCACCGGAGCCUCGAGCCGCCUGGGGAGCAGCCUGACAGCGCCAGAGGUGGCUCAGGGCUGCCUCGGAAGAAAGAAUGGCGUUCAGCAAAGGAUUUCGAAUCUAUCAGAAACUGGAUCCUGCACCAUUCAGUCUCAUGGUGGAAACUAGGCACAAGGAAGAAUGUCUCAUGUUUGAGUCUGGUGCUGUAGCAGUGCUCUCAUCUGCAGAAAAAGAGGCAAUCAGAGGCAUGUAUUCCAGAGUAAUGGAUGCAUAUGGACUCUUAGGUGUAUUACGACUGAACCUUGGUGAUACAAUGGCACAGUAUCUAGUGCUAGUCACAGGAUGCAUGUCUGUUGGAAAAAUUCAAGAAUCUGAAGUUUUUAGAGUUACCUCCACAGAGUUUAUAUCCUUAAGAAUUGAUUCUUCAGAUGAAGAUCGCAUUUCAGACGUUCGCAAAAUUUUGAAUUCAGGAAACUUUUAUUUUGCAUGGUCUGCAACUGGAUCCAGUUUAGAUUUGAGUCUUAACGCCCAUCGUAGCGUUCAAGACCACACAACUGAUGAUAGAUUUUUCUGGAAUCAAUCACUACAUUUACAUCUCAAGCACUAUGGUGUGAAUUGUGAUGACUGGUUACUACGCCUUAUAUGUGGAGGAGUUGAAAUUAGAACAAUAUAUGCUGCUUACAAACAGGCAAAAGCUUGCCUUAUUUCACGUCUGAGUUGUGAACGAGCUGGGACCAGAUUUAAUGUCCGGGGAACAAAUGAUGAUGGUCAUGUUGCUAAUUUUGUAGAAACAGAACAGGUUAUAUAUUUAGAUGAUGCUGUAUCUUCCUUCAUACAAAUUCGUGGAUCUGUACCAUUGUUUUGGGAGCAACCUGGUUUGCAAGUGGGAUCUCAUCGUGUUCGAAUGUCAAGGGGAUUUGAAGCCAAUGCACCUGCUUUUGACAGGCAUUUUAGAACACUUAAAAAUUUAUAUGGCAAACAAAUCAUUGUAAAUUUACUUGGGACUAAGGAAGGUGAGGAUAUGCUAAGUAAAACUUUCCAGAGCCACUUGAAAGCUUCUGAACAUGCCGCUGAUGUACAAAUGAUCAAUUUUGACUAUCAUCAAAUGGUUAAAGGAGGAAAAGUAGAGAAAUUACAUAGUGUGCUUAAGCCUCAAGUCCAAAAAUUCUUAGACUCUGGGAUUUUUCAUUUCAAUGGAAUUGAAGUUCAGAGAUCUCAGAAUGGUACUAUUCGAACAAACUGCUUGGAUUGUCUAGAUAGGACAAAUAGUGUGCAAGCUUUCUUUGGCUUAGAGAUACUAGCCAAACAACUGGAAGCUUUGGGCUUAGCUGAAAAGCCUCAGUUGGUGACUCGUUUCCAAGAAGUUUUUCGGUCAAUGUGGUCUGUGAAUGGUGACUCAAUCAGCAAAAUUUAUGCAGGCACUGGAGCUUUGGAAGGCAAGGCUAAGUUAAAAGAUGGUGCUCGUUCUGUAACCAGAACAAUUCAGAAUAACUUCUUUGACAGCUCCAAGCAAGAAGCCAUUGACAUUUUGCUACUGGGGAGUACUUUAAAUAGUGAUUUGGCAGAUAAAGCUCGAGCACUACUAACUACUGGAAGCUUACGAGUUUCUGAGCAGACAUUGCAGUCAGCCUCUUCAAAGGUACUAAAGAGUAUGUGUGAGAACUUCUAUAAAUAUUCAAAGCCAAAAAAAAUUCGAGUGUGUACUGGAACUUGGAAUGUAAAUGGUGGGAAACAAUUUCGAAGCAUUGCAUUUAAGAAUCAGACACUCACUGACUGGCUACUAGAUGCCCCAAAGUUAGCUGGUAUCCAAGAAUUUCAAGAUCGAAGAAAUAAGCCUAUUGACAUAUUUGCAAUUGGUUUUGAAGAAAUGGUAGAAUUAAGUGCUGGAAACAUUGUGAGUGCAAGUACAACUAAUCAGAAAUUGUGGGCUGUUGAACUGCAGAAGACUAUCUCCAGAGAUAAAAAAUAUGUGUUGCUGGCUUCUGAGCAGCUUGUAGGCGUCUGUCUCUUUGUUUUUAUCAGACCACAACAUGCUCCUUUUAUCAGGGAUGUUGGAGUUGAUACUGUGAAGACUGGAAUGGGAGGUGCUACUGGAAAUAAAGGAGCAGUUGCAAUACGGAUGUUAUUCCACACCACAAGCCUUUGCUUUGUCUGCAGUCACUUUGCUGCAGGGCAGUCACAAGUCAAAGAAAGGAAUGAUGAUUUUGUAGAAAUAGCCCGAAAACUGAGCUUUCCUAUGGGGAGGAUGUUGUUUUCACAUGACUAUAUAUUUUGGUGUGGUGAUUUUAAUUAUCGUAUAGAUCUACCAAAUGAAGAAGUUAAAGAACUAAUAAGGCAUCAGAACUGGGAUUCACUUAUAGCAGGAGAUCAACUUAUCAAUCAGAAAAAUUCUGGACAGAUCUUUAGAGGAUUUUUAGAAGGAAAAAUAACUUUUGCUCCUACAUACAAGUAUGAUUUGUUUUCUGAUGACUAUGAUACCAGUGAAAAAUGUCGUACCCCGGCCUGGACGGAUCGCAUUCUUUGGAGAAGAAGAAAAUGGCCUUUUGAUAGAUCAGCUGAAGAUUUGGAUCUCCUGAAUGCUAGUUUUCAAGAUGAAAGCAAAGUCCUUUACACUUGGAAUCCUGGCACUUUGCUGCACUAUGGAAGAGCUGAACUGAAGACUUCUGAUCACAGACCUGUUGUUGCACUGAUCGAUAUAGAUGUAUUUGAAGUGGAUGCCGAAGCACGACAAAAUAUUUAUAAAGAAGUCAUUGCAACCCAGGGGCCACCAGAUGGCACAGUAUUGGUCUCCAUCAAAAGCUCAUUACAAGAAAAUAAUUUUUUUGAUGAUAUCUUGAUUGAUGAGCUUCUCCAGCAAUUUGCAAACUAUGGUGAAGUUACCCUCAUAAGGUUUGUAGAAGACAAAAUGUGGGUAACAUUUUUGGAAGGAAGUUCUGCCCUGAGCGUUCUGAGCCUAAGUGGUAAAGAGUUUUUAGAUCGAAUCAUAACUAUUACCUUAAAAAGCCCAAACUGGAUUGCUGAUUUGGAAAAAGAAAUGAAUUUGGAGAAAAUUAGUAUUGUGUUGCCACCAUCAGCAAGUUCAACUUUGCUUGGUGAAGAUGCAGAAGUUGCUGAAGAUUUUGUUAUGGAAGGUGAUGUUGAUGACUAUAGUACGGAAGUAGAAGAAAUUCUUCCCCAGCAUCUACAACCAGCUUCAGGCUCUAGUCUUGGAACUUCCCCAAGCUGUUCCCCUCGGUCUAGCCCCUGCCAGUCCCCUACGAUAGCUGAUGCUCCUCCACCUCCCCUUCCUGCCAGGCCAAGCCGAGGACCAGCAAGAGCUCCUGGACCUCCUGGACCUCCUGUUCCUCUUGUUCCUCCUGUUCCUUCAGUUCCUUCACAGAAUUCUCCUGUUGACACUCAACCAGUAAUACCACAGAAAGAGUCUGCCCAGGUCUUGGAGCCUAAACGCCCUCCUCCUCCUCGUCCAGUUGCCCCACCUACACGUCCAGCUCCACCACAAAGACCACCACCUCCUUCAGGGAGUAGGAGUCCCGCACCUGCUAGAAAGGAAUUUGGAGGUCUUGGAGGCCCUCCCAGUCCUGGGGUAGCUAGGCAAGAGAUGGAAGCACCCAAAAGCCCUGGAACAACAAGAAAAGAUGUUUUAGGACAUAAUCAGCCCUCACCUCAAGGAGGAUUAACAAGCCCAGGAAUUGUUGGAUACAGUGCAGCAAAGCCGACUAUCCCACCACGUGCUGGAGUUAUUAGUGGACUACAAAGCCUUGCCCGUGUCUCUGCUGGGAAGAUGACCGCUGAAAUCCAAAGUAAAUCAUCCGAAUUACCAAAAGGUUCAGCUGUACUCCCUGAACCACUAAAGCCUCAGAUGGUCACUCCUGCCCUGCCCUCCUUUACUCCUCCUGUUCAGAAGAUGCAGGAGCCUCUUGUUCCUAUAACAUCACCUCUGCCUCAACCCACUUCCCAACAAACUCUUGAAGCGCCCCCCCAGCCACCACCACGUAGCAGGUCAUCCCAUGGUUUGCCUUCAGAAGCUUCUCCUUUGCAGCAACAGCAACAGGAGCAACCGUCAGGGUAACAGAUGAAAACAGAUGAAGAGUAUGAUAUUAAGUAUGGAACACAACUAAACAAUGACUUUUCAUUUAAUCUGUUUGCUCCAUCAAAGUCUCCGAUGUCUAUUCAAACACCACCAGUUCUACCUUUAAACCAAAAGGAGUUGACUAAGUUGCCUUCCACAUCACAAAGCUUUGCUUAUCUCUUGAAUACUGAAAGUUCCUUGCCAGGAAUGCCACCUAUCCCAGCUCGGAGCAAAUCCCAGGAAAAUACAAAAAGUUCCUCAAACCCGUUUGUUGCUAGCUUAAACAUGACAAAUCCUUUUACUGAUAGAACUUGUCCUCCUGGAAAUCCAUUUAGAACUGACCGUCAAGAAUCUCAAGUAAUUUCAUGGCUCCCAAAAGCACGUGUUAGCAGUCCUUCUUCCUCUUCACAUCUUAGUCGUAACGUAAGCAAGGCUUCAUUGCCCAAAGAUGGAUUUGAGGACAGUUUUGCUUUGCAGAGCACAUCUUCAGCGGUGAAAAGCAUCAAACCAAAAGGCUGGGUAACUUUUGAGGAGGAGGAUUUCAAUGUAAAACAGAAAUCACUGGACAGUGCAACAGAGUUAAAAAGAGUCAGUUCUGAGAAAUCAGCUGGUUGUCCAGACUUAGUAGAUACUCAAUCAACUUCAUUUCCUGACUCAGACUUUUCCUUGGACUGGAAUAAAAAUUCAACCGUUUCCUUCUGUAUGUUACCAUCAAGAAGACCGCCUGAGCCUCCUGCCCUGGUAGUAACACCUAGCCCUGAAACUCCUGUAGAUCCUUUCACCCCUUUGGCACCUAAGACUUCAUCAACAGUAGAUUUCACAGAAAGAUAAUGUUAUGAGAUGAAAAGUCUUUUUGGCAAGAUACAUCCAAAAAAUGGGCAUUAAAGUUGUACUAUGUGCAAUAAUUAAGUGCACUGAUAUCUUCAUGAAAUACCACUAUUUAAUGUGUACAAGUUUGAAUAUGUAUAUUUUGGGAAUACACAAAGAUAAUUCUCAUUAUAAAGUUGAGUUUGAAUGUGUUUAUUGGGAUAGGUAGCCAAAAUAAUUAGUUAUUAAUCCCAAUUUAAAAGUGCUUAAAGCUACUUUUAGGAAUACUACUUAUUCUUGAAAUUAUCUCUUAUUCUUCCCCUCUAAAGAAUAUGAAAAAACUGUGAUAAUUUUCACCUGACAUAAUCAUCAGCCACUUCAUACAGAUUAGCAUCUGGUAUUUGUGAAUAUUUACCAAAGAACUGCCAAAAUUAUACUGAAAACCAUUUGACAGGUAUUACUUUUUUUUAAUCAUAUAACAAAUUAUUUGCAUCAUUUGUUAAACUCAUUUUAUUUAUAUGGUGUAGAUUCAAGUCAGAUUUUAAUUACCUUCAGUGCCCUCUUGUGAGUGUCUUUUAUUACCAAUGAAGAAGACUGUAACUAUAACUGAGACACUUUAUAUUUCAUUUCAGUUAUGUGGAAUAUUUUCAUUUCCUGUUUCUUAAGCUUUUCUUCCCCAAAUUGGGAAAAAAAAACACAUUAAAGAAGUCAUUUUUUUCUGCCCCCAACUUAUUGGUUUUUACUCUAGUACCUCAGUGGAGCCAGAAGUUCACUGUCAUGUGUAGCUACCCAGGCUGCCUUGAAAAUCUUGUGGUUGUGUGAAAACAUCUGGGGAGGCAACUGUUGCAUAGCUUAUUUAAUAGCGUUUUAACUCCUGGUCUUAAAUAUGAGCUUCUCCUUGCUUUUGGUUAAGGCACAUUUUACCCCAAGCCCAUCCUCACUGUUGUAUUUGCUGCUUUAGUUCUAAAACAUUGCAUCUAGUAGACAAAGCAGCAGACCUCAGCACUGAUGAAGCUCUUUUGAAUGGGGGAUGUACUUCUUUAUCCCAGUAAAAGGCUCUGUUCCACAUUACUAAUGCCAAGCCCCAAGUCAGCUGUGGAUUUUAUCUCCUGCAAUGCACUGCCAUUAUGCAACUGAUCUUGCUUCCAUUCUUUUGUCAAGAAGUGUGCAAAAUUUAUACAAAAUAUCGUAUUUUGAUAACAUUGAACUAGCAGAAAAUUCCUUUCAUUACACUUCUGUUGCAAAUAUAAACUAAAGUGAUCUUUACUUUAUAAAAACACCAAUAUGCUUUUUAAAAUGAGUAUAAUUUAUAAAUGGCCACCUUUAUUUCCACAUCACAGUCUAUUCAUUUAAAUAUGUGCAUUAGCCAGGGAAAAGAAAGUAAGACAGCCACUUUUAUUGGUAUAGUCUCUGAGUUUUUAAUCAUAGCGAGAAAUGAGGUAAAAAGCACAGAAGAUUGAAUCACUUAAAACACAAGGCAAACAUUAUGUAAAAGACUCAUCUAAAUUCUUAAGUGCUAUCAAAAUACUGUAUUUGUAAAAGUAAUUUCACACUUCUCUCAACAGCCAGGAUCUGCUGUUAAAUAGAAAAAGAAAACCUAGUGGAUUUUAUAUUGUGCUUUUUCUCUGUUGUUGUUCUUAUCUGAACAAUAGUAUUUGUACAUUUUAAACAGCAGUAUUACUAUAAGCAGUGUGCUUCAAUAUGUGAAUUAACUUGUUAAAAUUGUGGCUGCUAACAUCUGUGUAAUGAUCAGUGUUCAGAUAUAUGCUCUAUAUUAGCAAAACAAUUCUUGGAACUUUGCUAGUGCAAACUGAAAUUCUGUAAGCAGUGCUUCCUGUUGGAUAUCUAAUGAUAAACUGCAGUCUAAAGUGUACAUAACAUUGCAGCAGCUCAGCAUUUAACAGGAUAACCGAGUUUGCAGAUUACUAAAAAUUCAGUUUAUUGGAUCUAAAAGGUAUGCUGCAAGUAGCUAAAAUAGUGUAAUGUGUAUUAGUAAAAUAACUAGCAUUUCUUUAAAAAAAAAACAAAGUACUAAAUUGAAACACUAAACUUUUCACUAAUUCUUUGUUCUUUGUGGUAAGUUGCUAUUUAUAUGUAACAAGGUUAUUGCUUAUGUGGCACACUAUUUAUAACUAUACACUUUACAAAACUCGUAUUAAAAUGCAGUGGUAUGUGACAUUCUGUACAUAUCCUGUGAAAUGUGGCAUCUUAAUUAAAAAUACCUGUCUUUA